GUUAAUUAAUUUAAUUAAAUAAAACCAUAAUUAAAUAAUGCGUCGGCAAAGUACAAGCGAACGUGAAUCUCGAUAUGGUUAUGUUCAUGGAGUUUGCGGCCCCGUAGUGAUAGCAGGGAGAAUGAGAGGAGCAGCAAUGUACGAGCUAGUACGAAUUGGCUAUAACAAUUUGAUGGGAGAAAUAAUUCGCUUGGAAGGUACCUUGGCGACGAUUCAAGUUUACGAGGACACAAGCGGGGUGACAGUUGGUGAUCCAGUCUUGCGAACCGGUCGUCCACUUUCAGUGGAAUUGGGUCCGGGACUGCUGGGAGGAAUAUUUGACGGAAUCCAAAGACCCUUGAAGGACAUUCACGAUUUGACCUCAUCGAUUUACAUUCCCAAAGGCGUGAAUAUUCCGGUUGUCAGUCGCAGUCAGGAAUGGGAAUUCGAACCAAUGAAUAUACGUAAAGGCAGUCCUAUCACGGGUGGAGAUGUAUUUGGUGUUGUCUAUGAAAAUAGUCUGGUCCAACACAAGCUCCAGCUCACGCCAGGUCGCAGAGGCUCUAUAACCUGGUUGGCACCUGCAGGAUAUUACACGGUAGACGAGAAAGUUAUGGAAACAGAAUUCGAAGGUCGACGCACCGAACAUAGCCUGCUCCAAAUUUGGCCGGUACGCCGUGGUAGGCCGGUAACAGAGAAGUUACCAGCAAAUCAUCCACUGUUAACUGGGCAAAGAAUCCUAGACGCGCUAUUCCCUUGUGUUCAAGGAGGAACAACAGCGAUUCCUGGUGCCUUUGGAUGUGGGAAGACGGUGAUCAGUCAAUCAUUAUCAAAAUAUUCGAAUUCUGACGUGAUCGUCUACGUGGGAUGCGGAGAGAGAGGAAAUGAGAUGUCCGAGGUGCUUCGUGACUUUCCCGAACUAUCGGUAGAAGUGGAUGGCAACACUGAAUCAAUAAUGAAACGGACGACUCUUAUAGCCAAUACGUCUAAUAUGCCAGUAGCAGCGAGAGAAGCGUCGAUAUACACAGGGAUAACAAUAGCCGAAUACUUUCGGGAUAUGGGAUACAACGUAGCCAUGAUGGCAGAUUCAACGUCACGUUGGGCAGAGGCUCUUAGAGAGAUUUCCGGUCGGCUUGGCGAGAUGCCAGCAGAUUCGGGAUAUCCGGCUUAUCUGGGUGCUCGAUUAGCUAGCUUUUACGAAAGGGCUGGCAGAGUUUGCUGCCUUGGAAAUCCAAGGCGUGAAGGGUCUGUCAGUAUCGUCGGUGCCGUCUCGCCACCAGGGGGUGACUUUUCUGAUCCCGUAACUAGCAGCACCCUGGCUAUUGUUCAGGUGUUCUGGGGUUUGGAUAAAAAGUUGGCACAGAGAAAACACUUUCCAGCUGUCAAUUGGCUCAUGUCUUACAGCAAGUAUCUUAGGCAGCUGGAUGAAUUUUAUGAGACUCAUUUCCCAGGAUUUACCACUAUGCGCACACGAGUUCAGAAAAUACUUCAUGCCGAAGAGGAACUCAAUGAAAUUGUCCAGCUUGUUGGCAAAGCAUCAUUGAGCGAAAGUGAUCUUGUUGAUCUAGAAGUAGCGAAGUUACUCAAAGAUGAUUUUCUUCAACAGAAUAGCUACUCGGCGUAUGAUAGAUUCUGUCCGUUUUACAAGACUGUUGGCAUGCUUAGAAAUUUAUUGACUUUCUAUGACUUGUCCAACCAACUCAUAGAGAAAACGGGUAGACACGAGCACAGAAUCACUUGGUCCAUUAUCAGGGACACCAUGGGAGUGUUGAUGUACAGAUUGAGUUCUAUGAAGUUUAUGGAUCCUAGUAAGGAAGGAGAAAACAAAAUAAAGGAAGAGUUUGAGAAGCUAUAUGAGGAUAUGCAUCAGGCUUUUAAGAAUUUGGAAGAUUAGAUGCUAAUUACAGAAUCAAGAUAAUCUUAUUAGCUUAUACCAGUAGUGUACAAAUAUAGAUUAUUGAAAAAUGUUCAACUUUGCAAUAUUUACUGAGCGUGCCAUGUCAAAAGAGAGUAAUGGAAUGUC